UGCAGCACUCACACCCGCCUGGAGCUCCCUGCCCAGAACACGCGGAUUCAAAGGCAGGAUGAAGGAGCUGGAGAAAGAGGGGGACCGAGGAAGGGGCAGAGCUGGAGGUCAGAGAGAGGACAAUGAUCAGAGCUGGAUCCCCAGGGUCAUCAAAAGGAGAGUGUGUACCACCUUUGUUCCAGACUCAUCCAGUGAUGGGGGGACGUGUCAAUGCGGUGGCAGACAGGCGUCCCAUGACUCCGUGCCAGCCGAGCAGCCCAGUGGAGCAUCUGUACCCAGCCAGUGGGAGAGCAGAGAGCACACGUCAGAGCUGCCCACCGAUGCCUUUGGCGAACUGGAGUUUGCUGGAGCCAGAUGCAGACACUGUCCUUUUCUGCGCUUGUCAUGUGACACAAACCCUGAGCUCAUCUACAAGCUGAUGAUGAAUCACUGGGGUCUGCCCUUACCCAACCUGGUGGUGUCGAUCGUGGGGUGUAAAGGCCAAGAGAAGAUGAAACCAUGGUUGAAAGAUGUUCUGAGGAACGGUCUGGUUAAAGCAGCGCGGAGCACAGGGGCCUGGAUCUUGGCAGGGGGUCUCAGGACGGGUGUUUCCCGCUGUGUGGGGGAGGCAGUGAGAGAACUUGGGGCUGUGGUUCCAGCUCUGUCCAUGAAGAAAGUGAUUGCUGUGGGGGUCACUCCAUGGGGCAUGGUUCACAACAGGAGGCAGCUUGUUAAUGUCCAGGGAGGUGUUCCGGCUCGCUACCACAUCCAGAACACAUCACAGGACUCCUACUGCCUGGACAAGAACUACCAGGCUUUCCUCCUGGUGGAUGAUGGGAGUGUUGGCCGCUGGGGAGGAGAGACCGAUUUCCGUGCCAGUUUGGAGGACUACAUUUCACAUCAGCGCACUGGCAUCAGGGGUAGUGGCAAUAUUGAAAUUCCAGUGCUGUGCAUGCUCAUCUCAGGAGACAUCAAAGUGUUGCAGAGACUAGAUGCCUCUCUAAAGAAGAACAUUCCCUGGCUGGUUCUCGCUGGUUCUGGUCCCGCUGCGGACUUCAUCAGUGAGCUGCUGGAGAACCUCGCCUCCAUUUCCUCUGCUGAAGACACCGAAGCUCCUCCAGGACUGAGCUCGGAGAUCCGUGACGUUGUCCGCUCAAAGUUACAGAAACACUUCCCAGCUCAAGCUCAGGUGGAGCAGCUGGUAGACAGGGUUCUCAGCAUUUAUCAUAACAGAGACCUUAUCACUGUGUUUAAUGGGCAACAAGAUGGAUCUGAUGAUUUUGAUACCAUUCUUCUCCGAGCGCUUGUUCGAGCUAGUAAACGUGUGUCCAGUGAUGCCAGCGAGCACAUCGAAGAGCUGAAACUGGCAGUGGUGUGGAACCGUGUGGACAUCGCCAGAGCUGAACUGUUCACUGGAGCCAUUCAGUGGGAGUAUGCGGACCUUGAAGACUGUAUGACAGAUGCACUGAUCAAUGACAAGCCCCAGUUUGUUCGCCUCUUCUGUGAGAAUGGCCUGAAUAUCCUGGACUACCUGACGUACGGACGCCUGGAAACCCUGUACCGUGCACUUCCUGACAGCUCGCUGGCCUAUACUCUGCUCCAGAAGCGUCUGAUGGAGAGGCUGAGCGCUGGAUCCAAGCCCAGUGUGAAUGAAGACGGCACACAGCUGAAGAAUAUCCACACUCAACCUGGCUCAGCAAUGAAGCUCAGCCUGUACGAGGUGUCCCACCUGCUGUCAGACCUGUUGGAUGACGUCUGUAAGCCGUUCUAUAUUAAGGCUCUGGGACUAAAGCCUAACAACUCCACGAAGAAGACUCACAAGCAUGUCACUAAGAUGCUAUCGGGGGAGUGCAAUUAUCAGAAAAAGAAAUGUCCCUCCCCCUGGGAAUCUCUCUUCAUCUGGGCCGUGCUGCAGAACCGUCAGGAAAUGGCUGCUUACUUCUGGGAGAUGGGGGGUGAGUCGGUGCUGAGCGCUCUAGGUGGAUGUAAAAUACUGAGGGAGCUUUAUAAGCAUGAGAGUGAAACUGAGGAGAAGUUAGCCAUGAAGGAGCAGGCGAAGAUGUUUGAGAGCAUGGCACAUGACGUCUUCAGUGAGUGUCACCAAAACAACGAGUCCAACGCCUCCACCUUGCUGAUAAGGAAGUCUAAAGUGUGGGGCGAGGCCACGUGUCUGCAGAUGGCCACUGCAGCGGACGCCCGCCUGUUCUUCAGCCAUCAUGGUGUUCAGUCUCUGCUGUCUCAGAUCUGGUGGGGUGAGAUGGAGGGAAAAACGCCUGUCUGGAAGCUGCUUCUCACUUUUUUUGUGCCUCCCCUCAUCUACGCAAACGUUAUCACCUUCAGAGCUCAUGAGGAAGACAAUAAGUCAGUCGAGGGCAAAGACUGUGAUGUGGAUGGGAACGAAUGCCCUGGGGACGAUGUCAACAACUACCUACUAGCUGAAAUUACGGAGGAAAACCCAGAGGAAAUUCUAAGAGAAAAAGCAAAAGGCUCUUCAUCUAGAUCCAGGAAACCAUUUGUUGCCUCUCAGUGGAGGAAGUUCUGGUUUGCCCCCGUCACAGCGUUCUUGGGAAACGUAGUGAUGUACUUUGUCUUCCUCUGUCUGUUCGCCUACGUUCUGCUGGUGGACUUCAAGCGGCCGCCUCCUGAUGGUCCCUCCACGCUUGAGUUUGUGCUUUACUUUUGGGUCUUCACCUUAGUCUGUGAGGAGAUUCGACAGACCUUCUUUGUAGGCACCACUUUUGCGCAGAUGUUCAGAAACUACAUCCAGGAUAUGUGGAACAAGUGUGACCUCACAGCCAUUGCGCUCUUCAUUCUUGGUCUGUGUUGCAGAAUGUUUCCUGCCUCAUUUGAGUUUGGCAGAGCUGUGAUGGCCUUGGACUUCCUGGUGUUCACACUACGUCUGAUCCAUAUCUUUGCUGUCCACAAACAGCUUGGGCCCAAGAUCAUCAUUGUUGGUAGAAUGAUGAAGGACGUGUUCUUCUUCCUCUUCUUCCUGGCUGUGUGGCUGGCAGCUUAUGGAGUAGCCAACCAGGCUCUGCUCUACUCGUAUGAUCCUCGCCCUCUCUGGAUAUUCCGCCGAGUGUUCUACAGACCGUACUUGCAGAUUUUUGGCCAAAUACCAAUACAUGAAAUGGAUGCUGAUAAACUCGGGGACAUACAUUGUACGAACAACGUCACAGAGAUCGAAGCAGGAGAGGAGCCCUGUGUCAACACCAAUGCCAACUGGCUGGUCAUCAUCCUCCUGGUCAUCUACCUGCUGUUCACCAACAUAGUACUGAUCAACCUCCUCAUUGCUAUGUUCAGCCACACCUUCUCCAAAGUACAAGAGAACAGUGACAUCUACUGGAAGUUUCAGCGUUACAACCUGAUAGUGGAGUAUCAUUCAAGGCCCUGCCUGGCACCGCCCUUCAUCAUCCUCUCACACAUCCACCUUCUCAUUAAGAGGUGCAUCCGCCGCAUCCCCUCAGCCAAGAGCAAGCACUUUGCUCUAGAGCUCCAGGAUAACAAGGCCAGCUACCUGCAAACAUGGGAGGCUGUCCAGAAAGAAAUCCUCCUCUCAGCUCAGAAUAAACGACAGAAGGAAACUGACACAGCGCAGAUUAAACGCACGUCUGUCAAGGUCGAUGCUGUGCUGAAGCAGAUGUCAGAGAUUCGUGAUCAUGAUCGAAGGUUACGGCAGCUGGAGGCUGAGGUGAGUUACUGCUGCAGUGCCGUCGCCUGGAUGACAGAAGCUCUGUCUCAGAGUAAUGUGAUACAGGCCCCGCGCCCUGCUCCUCAGCUGAGAGACUUCACUGUGAGCUGACACCUAUGUCCACCAUUUCACCUAUCUCCUCUCGCCUCCUGUACUCUGUGAACUGUAUCGUUUAUGGAAGAUGUUUACGUCACAGUUUUUCUAGUCUCAUCACUAUAUUUACUUUUUCAUUAAUUUUUCUAGGUCUGGGCAUAAAUUUAAACUUUGCACAUUUGGACAUUAAGUGUCUUUUGAAAAUGUCGGUCAAGUUUAACAAAGACAAGGAGCAUAGGUGUAUAUGUAAUAUAAUGCUAUUACAUAAUUAAUAUAUUAUUUUAAUACUAUAAUCAGCCCUUCUAUCUCUAUAGAACCUCCAAUUCUGGUCAUUGUUUUGGUUUCUGCUUUUUUGAUGUAAAAUCUUUUAUUGUGAUAAAGAGGUUUCACACUGAAAAUACUAUUUUGUUCUAUGCAACAGUCGAUGCCUUGAGAUGAAUUGUGAUUUAUAUUGUGUAUAUACAAGUAAAUGGGCACCUUCACCUCUACAAUGCUGUUCAUCGUCUCUCCAUGCAUCCAACAUAAGUCUGACUGGACAUACGUUCCAUUUUCUCAUUAUAAAGUUAAAAGUUGUUAAUAAUUGUAA